AUGGCGGACCCACACUUUUUAGAUGCUUGGCGGAUGAAGUCUGUUAAGCCAGAGUCGACUAAGCUUCAAGUUCGACUCGACGUACCUGGUGCAUUUACGUACGCGCCAGACCAGAGGAGCACGCACAACAUUACCAAGCGACUCUUCCGAGUGCCGAAACUUCCUGAACCGCGUGAGUCUCUCUACGACUUCGAACGUGAUAUUGCAGCGCAUGAAGGACGUGAGUACAUUCCUAAGAGCUACUUUGUCUUGGGUGGCGAUGAGGAGAUGACAUCAGCUCAAAAACUGGCCCAAGAAGUUCGGAGCCGUGCGCAAAACGAGGAGAGCAAAGUACCUGCAUCCAAGUCAGAGACAGACGCGAAAGACGAAUCGUCCAACACGUUCGACAAGAACCAGGACUCUAUCACUCAGGAUGCAAGCCAAAAAGAGACUAGCGCGCCUGAACCCAAGAACGAGCAAGAUGUGGUCGACGAUGAAGACGACUUUGAAGAUGCAGUAGAUGAUACGGCCAAAGACUCCUCGUCAACGCCCACGAAGGGGGCAAAGAAUCCGACUGCAUCAACUGCUAACACACGAGGAACCAAAGCCUCGAAAAAAGACCAGCGCCAUGCUGGGAAAGCCGAGGCCAAAGAUUCCAAGAUCACUAGCGAAGUCGACGCAUCGAAGAAGGCGCAGAGUGCGACCGGAAAGACCGCUUCGUCUGACACGUCCAAAAAUACGGCAGAUGUGAAAGGUGAGGAUGUCAAGAAAGACUCGAACGACCACGCUACAGAGACAGACGACGCACAGAAAGGAUCUUCGCCCACCAACGAUACCAACGAGGCGAAGGCGAAGAACGAUAAAGCGUCCACGAAAGAGAACAGCCCAUCCCCAUCGAAGGAGGCAAGUGGAAAAGGAGCUGAUGCGGUCAAUAAGGUCAAGAAGAAGGUAUCGGGCAAGAACAAUAAAGCGGCCAAGUCUAAGCCUGGCGAUGCGACGUCAUCGAACGAAAAGGAUUCCAACGCGGCCAAAGAAAGCACAGGAGCGACCUCCAGUGACGACAAGGGUGCCAAGGCAUCCAAGGACGCUAAGGAGACGAGCAAGGACAAAGACUCCAAGGCCGGUGUGGAUUCGGAAGAAUGCAAAGAUGUCACUACAGCAAAAGAGUCGGAGGAAACCAAAGACGGCAAUGCUAAGGAAUCGAAGGAGACUGCAUCUCUACAAGAUGCCAAGGAGACCAAGAUGACCACCUCGAAGGAUGGAAAGAAAGGCACCCCGUCUAAGAAAGGCACAGGCUCGCAGGACACCAAGGAGAGUACAGAGUCCAAGAGUACCAAAGAUUCAAAAGACACCAAAGAGAGUACAGAAUCCAAGAGUGCCAGAGAUUCAAAGGAGACCAAAGACGAUCCAAAGCCCGUGAAAGGUAUGGACUCCAAGCUUUCCAAGAAGGGAACCGAGUCCAAGGAUGGCAAGGUUGCUAAAGAGAGCACGAAGGAUGUCAAGAAUGAUAUAGACUCCAAGAAUGUUAAAGACAACAACAAGUCUGAGGAUGCCAAGGAUGGGAAAGUGUCUAACGAUUCGAAAGAGAAGAAUGAGUCAUCAACAUUGAAAGAAGAAAAGAACUGUCGAGACACGAAGGAGUCUGCUGCAUCCACCAAGGCAACAGAUGCGAAGGAGUUGAAGAAGGCAGAAGACGCGCCCAAAAAGAAAGCGGCCCUUAGCCAGGCGACAAAGCCUGACACGUCGAAGAGUGCAGACGUAGUAAGCAAGUCAGACGAAGCCAAGGGUGAGACCAAAGCUACCACUUCAUCUCAGGCAAAAUCCCAGGCACCUGAGCCAAAGGAGGCGAAGAAAGCGACUCAAGAGGGUGCGCAUGACAAGCCUGCCAAGUCAGCGAAGGAAGAAAACGCCAAGGUACCUUCUUCAUCGCCCUCAACUGUGAAGGGCAAGGAAAACGAGGGGACGUCGGUGUUUGAAGAUCGCCAGACCAAGCCAGCCACAGUGGUGAAAGAUGAGAAGAAUGGAGCACAUCUUGACGACGAAGUAAAGCCAGAUGUUCAUCGUGGACCGAUGGAGGCGACGGCCAGUGCGCCGCGACCCAAGUCCAUUGCCUCCUCCAACUCGUCAGUAAUGUCGAGCGUGACAAGGCUCUCCGCGUUUGCACCAUCUGUUAGUGGCCUGUCUGUUCUUGCAGAAAAUGUUCGCCCUGGCAAAGGCGAUGGCUUGCCAGCUGUUGUGCGUAAGAAUCUGUACAACACAGAGUACAAACCAGCGCCCAGUGUCUCGAAUAUGAGCUAUACGAAGAAGCCAUGGGACAAUAAGACGUGGAGCAGCAACCGUACCUUUGAAAUGCUCACGCGCCAGCCGAAAGAACGCGAUGCAGGUACUCAAUGGGACGCUAUUAGUGGGCAGGGCGCCAGCUCCGUGGAUACCAAGUCGCUGAACUACCACAACGUCACGAGUGAUGUGAUUGCCGAGUUGUUUGUGCCGGAUCCACGUCCCUGGCAUCCGUACCGCCUGGUCCGACGGACCAACCCUCGUCAAGUGCUGCUGAUGUGUGCAGGCACAGCCCUCUCGCCACAGCAAAUUCAGUCGCUGCAGCUCGCGCACAAAGUCGCUACGGGCCAAAUGGGGCCUAUUAAAGAUGCCAAGUCGCUGGCAUCGUACUAUGGCACGACUGAAAACACUGAUUUGCAGGCUGGCGUCGGUGUAGUGUUCAACCCGAGUGUGUCGCUGGGCGAGGCACUGCAGGAAGAGGUGGAUACUUCGCGUGUGGAGCCCAACUUUUCACGACGGUUGGAGCGUCCAACGUUCCCUGCGACGACGACAAGUGUGCGUGCGGCGCUGCGCAGCGUCGUGGCCGCGUUGGAGUAUGUGCGGUGGGAAGAGGAAGGAUUCGACAAGAUCGUUAUUGCGACGCACCAUGGCUGGAUCGUGCGUGGUAUCGCGAAUGACAUCUGGGAAUGGCGCAAGAAUGGAUGGCGUCUCACACGCGAAGGACCCCAAGGUCUACCGGAAGAGUCUGUGCCGGAUCGUGAUCUAUGGGAGUUGUUGGACUACACGGUGCGACAGUACGAGAAGAUUGAUUGCAACUGCCGCUUCUGGCACAUCCCCAAGAGUGCGAAUCAAGAGGCUGUGCGUCUCGCGGAACUCGGCGCGCUCAAAACCAACCAACAGCCAGGCACUGUGCGCUGGAUGAAAAAGGCGCAUCCGACGUCCAAGUAG